AUGGGCGAAAUGGAAUCUCAUGUCAUGGAGCUGGAGGCUCUGCGGGCAAUGUACUGCCCACCACUUGACGAGGCUCUCUUUCAUGCGAUAGCAUCGGAUUAUACGCUCCCUGAGCACAAAGCAGCGUUGAUAACAGUUCUCGAUGACUUGGCAGUCGGCGCGUUGGAGCAAGAAGACACAGGAUUCGAUCCCUCGGGUACUGGCGCCACCACGCAAGUCAGAGAUACGAUCAACACGUCUAGGUCGAGCCCGGAACAAUCCUUCUCAAACGGUGUCACGAGCGUAACGACCAGUCUUUCCGAGCCGAGAACGAGCGACGCAGGCAGCCUAGGACAAGGUCUGCACGACUCUUCGGAGGGGCAGAAGACGACAUGGCUGGAGAACAUGUUCCCAGGCAUACCCAGGCGCGAAUUGACCAGUAUCCUCGCUAGUCACGACGGCUCACUGGACAAGGCCACCGACGAGUUACUCAACCUUUCAUUUCUUAAGCAGGGAUAUGAAGAAGAGCCCGAAGAAUUGUCUGGCCCUAAGGGUGUCGAUGGCUUCGCCGAAGAAAUGCAGUCGUCCCGUAAAGGCAGGAAGAAACGGAAACCUCGGACGAACGACUCGUCACGCGCAAGCUCGGCUUCCUCCUCACUGUACAACUCGGAACGGACUCCAGUCAAUGUCUGGUCUACGAUGUCCGAAGAUGUGGAAUUUAUCUGCUCGAGGACGAAACUCCAUCCGCAGACAGUACGAUCGGAAUACCAUUUGAAUGGGGCCCGAUUGUCAAGUACGAUUCGUGCGUUAGCUACUAAGGAAGCUGCCGAAUCCAAUAAAACUUCGGACAGCAAUGACAUAAUCGACCUUCAAAUCGCUGAAUUUCGGCAUCGGUACGAGCACGUCCCAAUACCGCAACUGUGCGGGUUGCUCUCGUUGGCACGGAACAUUCCUUCGGCAGCCCAGGAACUGCUGGAAGCCAUGACCGCCGUCGACGACACAACGAAGCCUGGCAAGCUGUACGACGUCGCCCAGUACAUCCCCAUUGACCUCAAAGAGAACGAGCCAUUCCAAACGCCAUCAGGCUCGAAGUGGACUUCUGUCAGCGCACAGCCCCGUGCGUCUGCAUCGGCUCAAAGAAUAGCCGCCGGUCAGACGUUCGGCCAAGCAUCUGCUGCAUACAAGAAAAGCAAGUCUAAUCCGCUCUUUGGAGGAGCGGCAGCAUACUACUCCGGAGUGGCGCACGAACAACUGAAAGCGGCCAAGUUAGCACAUGCUGCAGAAGCAGAUGCCCUUGUAUCAAAUCAGUCUUCGGCAACGGUGCUGGACCUUCACGGCGUGAGCGUGCAAGAUGCAGUCCGCAUUGCGAGCGCCAAAACCCAAAGCUGGUGGGAUGGCCUAGGCGAUGCAAAAUAUGCCACUGGAGGCGGUGGUCCUGCUAGAGCCGGCUACAGAAUAGUGACUGGACUCGGUACCCAUAGCAAGAACCAAGCGCCUCGGAUUGGGCCAGCUGUGAGCAAGAUGCUCAUCCGGGAAGGCUGGAAAGUCGAAAUCGGCCACGGAGAGUUGAUUGUCACAGGCAAGGCCAGUCGCUGA